AUGAAAGGGACAUACUAUGACGACGAAGAGCCGCCUCUUAUAUCGCCACUCGUAGGGAAUGUGUGUUUUGCGAGUUCACAAUACAGUGUUUGCUUUACAUUGAAAUCCUUCUCUCAACUCUAUUGUCAACACUUUGGCGGAGGAUUUAAUCCAAACGAAUUGGCAAAGCGUUUGUGGGGAGACAUGUAUUUCAAUGCCACCACUCGAAAGUUUAGCCGAAAGCCAGCCAACAGUCAGAUGCAGCGCUCAUUUAUUGAGUUUAUUUUGGAACCGCUUUACAAACUGUUCGCUCAAGUGGUCGGAGACGUCGACUCAACGCUUCCCAAUGUUUUGGAAGAAUUGGGAAUUAAACUCUCGAAAUCUGAGAUGCGAUUAAACAUAAGACCGCUUCUCCGACUCGUUUGUUCCCGAUUUUUGGGUGACUUUAAUUGUCUUAUAGACCUUUGCGUUCAACACAUCCCUUCGCCGGUAAAGAACGCGAGCCAUAAGAUUGAGAAUAUAUGGAAAGGACCGCUCGAUUCGCCAUUAGGUGAAGCAAUGAUUAAUUGCGAUCCCGACGGCUCUCUUAUGGUUCACACAACUAAACAGUACUCAACGCAAGACGCGUCUACUUUUCACGUGUUUGGUCUUGUGUUGAGCGGAACUCUUCACGCGAAACAAGAGGUAAAGAUUUUAGGCGAAAAUUACUCGUCUCUCGACGAAGAGGACUCACGUAUUAUGAGUGUCGGCAGACUCUGGAUAUAUGAGGCCCGGUAUCACAUCGAAGUGAAUAGAGUUCCGGCCGGCAAUUGGCCUACGAUAUUAGAAGUGCCGCCGACUGAAGAGUCACUUCUCCAGAACACGCUUUGGCCCGAAAUUCACAAACUAUACGGACAUGUGUUUGAAUUGUUUAGUGUGGCCUCUAAUAGAAGCGGAACACUAAUAGCUUCGGCUUCGAAGGCUAGUAAAGCGGAAAACGCGGACAUAAUUCUGUGGGACGUAAAAGAGGCUAAACUAUUGUCGAGACUUUCCUCCCAUCAGUUGACUGUCACUCGAAUCAGAUUCUCGUCUGACGACAGAUAUAUAUUGAGUACAUCGAGAGACAGAACGUGGUCUCUCUUCCAACGACAGGACAAUGGAUCAGAUUAUUGUCGAAUCGGAUUUACAGACAAAAAGAAUGGAAUCCAUUCUCGUAUUAUAUGGGACUGCGCUCUCACUCCCGACUGCAAACACUUCGUUACCGUUUCUAGAGAUAAGAGUGCAGUGUUUUGGACAAUUGAUUUGACCAAUAAAUGCGCUCAAAAGUCAACGUUAGGACCCGUGACAGCCAUCGGCCCGCCUCUCAGUCUAUUGGAUUCAAUAACAACUGUUGAUAUUUGUGACAUCACUGUUAAUGAUAACUAUUUGGUUGCGUUUGGACUCGAAAACGGAUUUAUUAGCUUUUAUUACUGGAAUAGUCAAACAUUUUGGUCUCAUUUACUUGAUAUCAACGAUUGGUACGAAUAG